GAUCAAGGUAAAAUACCAAGCAAAUUCUUGUAGAUUAGGCACUCUUCAACCAUUUGACUUUUCUUCCCUCCCAUAUCCUUCCGUACAUAAACUAUCAUACUUCUCAUUUUCUCAUACUCCUCCCUCUAAAAAAUCUUCUCAUGUCUUCUUCGGGUAGCACCUUUGAUUCACCACCUCCACCAUCCACCGCAGUCGCCGCCACCGGACCGCAAACCGCAACCGCCCCCAAGUUCAAAUCAAUCCACCCCCCUUCACUCCCAAUUUCCUCACCUUCCUCCUUCUUUUCUUCCCUCCUUGACUCCCCUGUUCUCCUAUCUUCUUCUCAUAUUUUAGCAUCUCCAACAACUGGCUCUUUCCCAUUUGAUGCCUUCAAUUGGACACCCAACAAUCAAAUUCAAGAACAAGAUAUAAAAAAAGAACAAAACAAUUUCACAAAUUUCCAAUUUCAAAGCCAAUCAGAUCAUUCAACAUUGCAGGAAAUCUAUCAACAACCAAGAUUUGAAAAUUAUGGAAACUUGGAGAAAACAGAGUACCCUGUUUUUAAACAGAGCACGCAAUCGAAAUCGAACUACUCCAGUGAUCUAAACAACUAUAAUAAUCAAUCGAAAUCGAAAUACAUCGGUGAUCUAAACAAUUACAACAAUCAAUCAUCACACAAGAAGUUAAACGACGGGUAUAAUUGGCGCAAAUACGGGCAAAAACAAGUGAAAGCUAGUGAAAAUCCAAGGAGUUAUUACAAGUGCACACAUCAGAAUUGUUCAAUGAGGAAGAAGGUGGAAACAUCUUCAGAUGGGGAUGUUACUGAGAUUGUUUAUAAGGGGAAACAUAAUCAUCCGAAACCGCAAUCUAAUAAACGAUCAUCUUCGUCCUCUGUUUCGGAUAGUUCAUUUCUAGUUCAUCAGUUUAAUGAUUUCCCAGAUCAGUCUUUUGGUUCUGGGCAAUGGGAAUUUGUUGGGACGUCGGAGAAUUCAUCGGUUUCAAUCGGGGAUGAUGAGUUUGGUGAAGAUGGAGCUCAGGGUAAAAGAUUGAAGAUGGAGAUUGAAGAUGAAGGGAUAUCAAUGGAGGGAAGCAGGACUGUAAGAGAGCCAAGAGUUGUGAUUCAGACUGUAAGUGAGAUUGAUAUACUUGAUGAUGGAUAUAGAUGGAGAAAAUACGGUCAAAAGGUGGUCAAAGGGAAUCCUAAUCCAAGGAGCUAUUACAAGUGCACCACUCCCGAUUGUUCAGUAAGAAAGCAUGUGGAACGUGCAUCAAAUGAUGCUAGAUCAGUAGUAACAACCUAUGAAGGGAGGCACAACCAUGAUGUGCCUGUGGCUCGUGGUAUGCGAUCAUCGCAAGCCACCAACUCAAGCAACAAUAUGAGCUCCAUGACAACUAAUUCGUCAGGGUUGUCUUAUCAUCAUCCUAACAACUCUAUGAAGAAUUCGGUUUGUAGCUCCUAUUUAUCACCGUCAGAAACCAAAUUUAGGUUACAUAGCCAAGGAGGUUUUGGGUUAUCCGGGUUUGAGAACCCGAUACGAUCGACUCACUUGCAUCCGGAACAGAAACCAGAGAACAUGUUUCAUAAAGCUAAAGAUGAACCAACAGAUGACAACUUUUUGGAGUCCUUGCUAUAUUGAAAUAGAUUUUUUGCAUGGGCUUGACAUGUUCAUAUUCAUAUAUGUAGGGUUUUUUCUUUGAAAUUAUUUAAUAGUAGGAUUCUUUUAAACAUUAUUCGUUUGUUUUUUAUUACCAUGUUUUUGUUCUUUUAGAUAAA